CGUAACUGGCGUCCUGCGUGCCUACUUAAGCCUCUGUUCAAACCAGCAUUGUUCAUUUCAUUUCAAGUUAGGAAAUUGUUCUUGUCGGCCAGUUGCUUCAAGUUUCGCAAGUCGAUCUCUUAAAUUCAUCACACUGUUUCUUAUUUUUUUAUUCUACGAAGAAGUUCUAGAACCUUAAAAGCAAACAAUGGCUAAAGCACCAGCUAUCGGUAUUGAUCUUGGUACGACUUACUCUUGUGUGGGUAUCUUUCAACAUGGAAAGGUCGAGAUCAUCGCAAACGAUCAAGGCAAUAGGACGACUCCCAGUUACGUGGCUUUCACUGACUCAGAACGUCUCAUUGGUGAUGCUGCCAGAAAUCAGGUAGCCAUGAACCCCACCAAUUCAGUUUUCGAUGCCAAACGUUUGAUUGGUAGAAAAUUUGAUGAUCCCUCCGUCCAAUCUGAUAUGAAGCACUGGCCAUUCACGGUAAUAAGCGAUGGUGGAAAACCCAAGAUACAAGUUGAAUACAAAGGCGAAACUAAAACGUUUUAUCCAGAGGAGAUUUCAUCUAUGGUUUUGCUUAAAAUGAAAGAAACUGCUGAGGCAUAUCUUGGUAAAACUGUCUCAGAUGCUGUAGUAACAGUGCCUGCAUAUUUCAAUGAUUCCCAGCGUCAGGCUACUAAAGAUGCAGGAACAAUCUCUGGUUUAAAUGUUUUAAGAAUCAUUAAUGAACCCACUGCAGCUGCCAUUGCUUAUGGUCUGGACAAGAAGGUAGGUGGGGAAAGAAACGUUCUCAUCUUUGAUCUUGGUGGUGGUACUUUUGAUGUUUCCAUCCUGACAAUCGAAGAUGGUAUUUUUGAAGUAAAGUCAACAUCUGGUGACACUCACUUGGGUGGUGAAGAUUUUGAUAACCGCAUGGUCACUCACUUCAUUCAAGAGUUCAAGAGAAAGCACAAGAAAGACAUCAGCGACAACAAAAGAGCCGUCAGAAGAUUGAGAACUGCCUGUGAAAGAGCCAAGAGAACUCUUUCUAGUUCCAGUCAAGCCAGUGUUGAAAUUGAUUCUCUGUAUGAGGGAAUUGACUUUUACACAAGCAUCACACGUGCCAGGUUUGAGGAACUGAAUGCAGAUCUUUUCAGAGGCACUUUAGACCCUGUUGAGAAAGCUCUUAGAGAUGCAAAAAUGGACAAGGCCAGCAUCCACGAUAUUGUCCUUGUUGGAGGUUCAACUCGUAUUCCUAAGGUGCAAAAGUUGCUUCAAGAUUUCUUCAAUGGUAGGGAAUUAAACAAGUCCAUUAAUCCGGAUGAGGCUGUGGCUUAUGGUGCUGCCGUUCAAGCUGCCAUCCUCCAUGGAGACAAGUCAGAAGCAGUUCAAGAUUUGUUGCUGUUGGAUGUUGCCCCGCUCUCUUUGGGCAUUGAAACAGCAGGUGGUGUGAUGACUGCCCUUGUUAAGAGAAACACAACCAUACCCACCAAACAGACACAAACAUUCACAACAUACUCUGACAAUCAGCCUGGUGUGCUGAUCCAAGUCUAUGAAGGAGAGAGAGCCAUGACAAAGGACAACAACCUCCUUGGCAAAUUUGAAUUGAGUGGUAUCCCACCCGCACCCAGAGGAGUCCCACAAAUUGAGGUGACCUUCGACAUAGAUGCUAAUGGUAUUAUGCAUGUAUCUGCCGUCGAUAAGAGCACAGGUCGUGAAAACAAGAUCACCAUCACUAAUGACAAGGGUCGUCUGAGCAAAGAAGAAAUAGAAAAAAUGGUGAAAGAUGCAGAGCAGUACAAAGAUGAAGAUGAUAAACAGAAGGAUAGAAUUUCUUCAAAGAAUGCUCUUGAAAGUUAUGCAUUCAACAUGAAGUCGACAGUAGAGGAUGAAAAGUUGAAAGAUAAAAUAUCUGAUAGUGACAAGCAGGCAGUGCUCGACAAGUGCAAUGAAAUCAUCAAGUGGCUUGAUGCUAAUCAACUGGCUGAUAAAGAAGAGUUUGAUCACAAACAGAAGGAGUUGGAGAAGGUGUGCAUGCCAAUUGUAACAAAAAUCUACCAGGGUGCUGGUGGUGCCCCUCCAGGUGGUUUCCCAGGUGCGGGAGGAUCUCACGAAGGAGCCUCGGGCGGUGGAAAGGGACCAACUAUUGAAGAAGUUGAUUGAUUAAGAAAAUAAAUUGCUCCUCGUCUUAGAACAUCUUAUGUAGCACAUUUUUUUUAUUAACAUUGAUCAAGAUUAAAACAUUUUUCUACACGGUUUCUUUUUUACGGUAUUUGUUAGGAAGUUUUUGUGUUGUCACUUAGUUUGUACGAGGCGUUCGGAGGUGCACUGGCGAUGGUCUGAAUGUUUUUUUGAACGUCUGUUAUGUUUCAGAUGGGCGCCAAUAAAAAUGUUUUGGAU